AAAGGAAACAAUCACCGUGAUGUCAUGAUGACAGUGCGGGUUGGAGUGCAGUGCCCAAAUUCCGUAUCUAUGCAAACCAGGACGCCUCACUUGAACUGCGAACCCACGGGAUGGCCUCGCUUCCACUCUCUCGCUCGGAGGUGUUCGGACAGCUUAGGAAAGAGCUGUAUGACGACCACGAGUUCCACCAGUCUGACACCCACAUUUUCAUUAUCUUGGGUGCCUCAGGGGAUUUGGCCAGAAAGAAGAUUUAUCCCACACUGUGGUGGCUCUUUAGAGAUGGACUUCUCCCAGAAGAGACUUACUUUGUGGGUUUUGCCCGCUCCAACUUGACAGUGGAAGCCAUUCGUUCUGCUUGCCUGCCGUACAUGAAGGUAGCUGAUAGCGAAGACAAGCGGCUUGAAGCCUUCUUCAGCAGGAACACGUACCUGAGUGGGAAGUAUGACGACGGCGACUCGUUCUCAAAACUGAGGGCUCACAUGGACGGCCUGCCCAGCGGCUCUGACGCCAACCGCCUCUUUUACCUGGCGCUGCCACCCACCGUCUACCACGACGUCACCAAGAACAUCAAGCACCACUGCAUGAGCAGGAAGGGCUGGAACAGGGUGAUCGUGGAGAAGCCCUUCGGCCGUGACCUGCAGACCUCUGAGGAGCUGUCCGUCCACCUCGCGUCCCUCUUCACCGAGGACCAGAUCUACCGCAUUGACCACUACCUUGGCAAGGAGAUGGUGCAGAACCUGAUGGUGCUGAGGUUCGGGAACAGGAUAUUUGGGCCCAUCUGGAACCGAGAGAGUGUCGCCUGCGUGGUUCUAACGUUCAAGGAGCCCUUCGGCACUCAGGGCAGAGGAGGCUACUUUGACGACUUUGGCAUCAUUCGCGACGUCAUGCAGAACCACCUGCUCCAGAUGCUCUCCCUGGUCGCCAUGGAGAAGCCGGCCUCCACCAGCUCGGACGACGUGAGAGACGAGAAGGUGAAGGUGCUGAAGAGCAUCACUCCAGUGAGUGUGUCUGACGUGGUGCUGGGCCAGUAUGUGGGGGACCCAGAGGGGACGGGUGAUGCCAAACUGGGCUACUUCGACGACCCAACUGUUCCAAAAGGCUCCUGCACACCCACCUUUGCAACAGCGGUGCUGUAUGUCCACAACGAGCGUUGGGACGGGGUCCCAUUCGUGCUGCGCUGUGGCAAGGCCCUGAACGAGCGCAAGGCAGAGGUACGGCUGCAGUUCACCGAUGUGCCCGGCGACAUCUUCAACGCCCAGUGCCAGCGCAAUGAGCUGGUGGUGCGCGUGCAGCCCGACGAGGCCAUCUACGCCAAGAUGAUGAGCAAGAAGCCCGGCGUCUACUUCAGCCCCGAGGAGACUGAGCUGGACCUCACCUACCGCAGCAGAUACAGGGAUGUGAAGCUUCCCGAUGCGUAUGAGCGGCUCAUCCUGGAUGUCUUCUGCGGGAGUCAGAUGCAUUUUGUGCGCAGUGAUGAGCUGCGGGAGGCCUGGAGAAUCUUCACUCCUCUGCUCCACCACAUCAGCAAAGAGAAGACGCCGCCCAUACCAUACACCUACGGAAGUCGGGGGCCCACAGAAGCAGACGAUUUGAUGAAGCGAGUGGGAUUCCGCUACGAAGGAACUUACAAGUGGGUCAACCCCCAUGCUGUAUGACGGCCUCCUGGCCAAGGACUGAAAUCAAUCUGCAAAAUCUCAUUCCAAUUGAACUUAAGGGGCCAGAGCCACCUCUACACUUCUACAUUCAGUGGCGGCAUUCUCUUGCUUUAGUGCCAUUAUCAUGCAGUAGUGCCAUUAUUAUUAUUAUUAUUAUUAUUAUUAUUAUUCAGUAGUGCCAUUACCAUUCAGUAGUGCGCUUCUCAUUCAGUAGUGCCAGUAGAACCAUAGCAGCACAGAAUGUAGACUCGCCAUGUGCUGUCGCCUUCAGUCAUAGUGCCAGAAAACAAUACAUUUUUAUAUAGUCAUGACCGCGGAGUACACCAGUGAAAUGAAUGUAGAAUUGUAGACUCUGACAUCCAACUAUUUUUUCAAUAAUUACUUACAUUUGCAUGCAAGAGGAGAAAUAUUUUUGAUAAUGGUAUCUGCCAUGGUAAUAGUCUUAAUUGGCAUGGUCAAAGAUCAUUUUGUAAUGCUUUUGUUUGCUUAAUUGUUUAAUUCAGCCAAGCUUUGAUGAUGUAACCAAAGUGAUUUUGGGCACUUUACCAAUGUUCUUAAUUGCUGUUUCUCUUUUAAGCAUUAAGUCCUGUCCUCUUACUUUCAUACUGUUGCUCCGAAGGGAGCUGGUCAUACAGGUAUUUAUUUCAAUAUUUUGUUACAUUUGAUGUUACAUUUGAUGUUACAUUCUCCCAUUCGUUUUUUGUCCAUCUUUUUUAAAAUGAUGUUCAUUACACGAUUGACUGUAUUGGAGCUCAAGUUACUUGCACUUGCCUUCUUUUAUUUUUGAUGGGUGUAGUCAAGCAAAACAAAACAGGACUUAAAAUUCUCUCAUUUUUGUUCAUAUGCAUUAGGGGGUGUUUUUUUGUGGUCCACUACGAAUUGUUUCUGUAGUCUGCUUGAACUGUGGUUACAUCCCAGUAAGUCAAAAGCUGUAAGAGAAAAGGUGACUUAACUUCCCUUUUUCUUUAUAGAGAAAGGGCGUUGCUUUUGUUUACACCAUACAGCAUUUGUUUACGUCAUAAUAGAGAGCAUUAUGUGGAAUGCGUUUGGCUCAUUGUUAUCAAGGUGUGUUUGAGUUUUAGCUCCCUAAGACGUGUUUUGUGACGCGGUGUGCAAGUCCAUUUACAGUACGUUAUGGGUGGAUGUUUGCACAUGCGUGAGAGUAAAGCUGAGGUGGCCAAAUACACACACGCACUCACCUCACAGGAAAUGAGACCGGUAAACCCAGGUCAAACAAUAGGUAGCCAGGAACAAACAAGGUAAGACCAACUAUCUCUCUUGCUAAGCCCUUUCACUCUUAUUCCAGUCUUUCAUCAAAAAAUCUCCUGUCUAGACCAAAAUAUGAAUUCAAACCAAUCACUAUGUAGAAUGCAUGUUUACAUUUAGAAUGCAUGUUUUCUUUUACAUGGCGUUCAAACCAAUAGCAAUGUGGUUGAAGCACAUUCCAUAGACUCGCUCAGUCUUGGAGGAGGGGGGGGAAUGUGGCGUGCUCGACCGUCCGGUUCUAGGCUGGGUCAGUGAUCUGUCUGUUACCACUCUCACCUCCCAGGUAUGAGGGCUAGCUUUGGGCCUCGCCUCUCUCCUCUCCACCUCACCCCCCGGAGGCGCCUCGCCCUGCAACUUUGGGUCCACGGGCGGCGCCAUUGUUGGUUGUAGAGAAGUUGUGGUGUAGGUGUGAAUGUGCGUGUGUGUGUGUGUGUGUGUGUGCAUGAAUACAAUCAGGUAAUGACAUCGGUGAACAUGCAAUAAGGCCUUGUUGAGCGUAAUUGCACUGAGUGCAGUUUGACAGUUUUUAUUAUUUUCUUUCAUGCUGCACUGUCAAAACCAUGUACAUUUUUUCCUAUAUACUUUCUGCUGAAUUAAAAAUAAAAAAAGCUUUUGCUACCUCAUA